GCAACACAGGCUUGUCUCCUUGGCAACCUGGAAACGCUCGAACUGACGUCCCAAGGAUUUGAUUCUGUUAAAUCUCAGCGAGUUAGCAGUGUGUUUUCACAGCCAUGUCCAGCAGCUGCAGGCAGAAGCAGGGUUUCCACAGACGGCUCCAAGCUGCAGGAUCCACUCAGAAGGCUGAUCUCCUGACCUGCCCCACGGGUCACCCAGGGCCCGGCAGCCCGAGCCAGAGCCAACCCCCCAAAGGGACGAAGCCUUAUAGUGAGAGGACGACCCAGGGACGGGAAGACACUCCAAACUCCCAGAAAUGGAAAAAGACACAGACCCUAACCUGCGAGAAGAAGAAGGAAGUAAAAAAGCAGGCUUCCAACUCUACUAUAGUGGAUUCGGAGGUUUUGAGGUCAAGGAAAAACGAGGCCAAAUUUACGUCACCGCAUUCACGCACUACAGAAAACACACAUCCAGGUAAGAAUGGCAGCUCAGCCUCAUUUUCAGGCCUUCAGGAAGAAGCCUCCUCUUCAUCCAAACAACCCAAACAGUCCUCCAUCCAGGAAGGCCUGAGCUCUGAAGCCUUUGACAGGCGACCUCUGGCCCAGCAGAACAUCUGGGCGGGCGGAAAGCUUCAUGAGAGCAAACUGAUUAAGAAACUGAAGUCUGUGCAGAGCUGGCCCAGCAGAGACCGCCUCUCCGUGUGCGGUGACGUCUUUGAUGAUGUAUGUGAAGGCUUGCCAUUAUUUGGACGCAUCCUGAGGGAAAUUAAGACUGAAUAUGAUUUAUAUGUCAACCACUUGAUGGCCUCCCAGUCCCCACAGCACAACAUGCCGAUGAAUGCUCUGGUGGAAGAUAUCGGUCGCAGCAAAGUGAGAGAAAAGGAGCUGGAGGAGGCUGAGAAAGAGGUUUGCAGGCUGGAACAGCAAGCCACGAGAUCUCUGGAGGAGAAUAAACGCCUCAAAGUCCAACACGAGUUGCAGAACAUUCCAGCCACAACAGGCCCAGAGGACAGAACCUCAGCGGAUGCGUCUGUGUGGGAGAACGCCGCGCUCCGCUCCGACGUCAGCAGCUCCAAAAGGCUGCAGGUGCUGCACGUGGCCAAGGAGGUCCUGCAGUUAGAGGAGGAGGUUCAGGAGAAGCUGGUGUCCAGGGUCACGACCUCUGCAGCCGAGCGUCUCCUCCAAGAGUUAAAGGCCGAGAUAAUGACACUGAUAGCUUCAAAUCACCGUUUAAGGACAAUGAACCAGGACCUUGAGAUCAGACUCCAUGCAGUUCUGCAGAAAGAGAAAGGAAGCCAGGCCACAGGAAGGAUGUUGUGGGACCAAAUAUAUGAAGACCUACACCUGCGAGAAACUCCAAAUUGCAGCUCGGAUGACUGAACCCUACAGCCCCUCACACCCCUAACUUAACAUUACCGGUGCAACCAAAAUGGGCAGCAAUAUCGGAGCCAACCAAGCGUACGGUUUUGAGAGGGAUGGCAGCUCGGAUGAGGAAAACAAAGACGAAUGUGGAUCUAUGGAGCGGAGCAGGGAGCCCAGCAUAUGUGCUUUGUCACAAAUCUGAUCUUUUUUUAAUUUGUAUUUUUUUAUCAACUCCUGAUUCACAAUGAUUUGAACAAAUCGAUUUAUCGAUUUUAUUGAUUUUAACCACUAUCACCAUUUUAUAUGUGUGCUGUGUUUUAUUGUUCCAUACUUGACACUGUUUUUAAUACUGACUUUGUCUCAUAUUAAUUGUAUAGCACUUUGUAAUCUGGAUUUCGAAAAGUGCUAUAUAAAUAAAGUAUAUUAUAAAAAAUAAAGUUUAUCAUAAAUAAAUACUGGGA